AUUUUUUUUAUAUUGUUUGUCCGAUCAUUUGUGAAAUUUAUUUAUGAAAAGAAUAUGUAAUAGGUAGGUUUUCCAUGUUUACAUAAAUAUUUCUCAUAUUAAAGUUUACAGUUCCCUUUCAUAUGAUAUUAGCCUCGCCUCAUAGCCGCAGAACAAAACUCCCGUUUCAUCUGCAUUUUCGAUUCGAUCAUUUGUGCAUAUUUUUUACCUAGCUUGUAUAUUCAUAUUGGUGUUCACUUUUUUUUUUCCUUUUUCUUUGCUUUAUAUGUAGCAUCUUAAGGCAUCUGACUUUGAUAUUUUUUCAGAUUGUUUGCCUGCAUAAUGAAUCCCUUCAUAGUGAAUCCCCGGGAUCAGUUGUGGUUUGCAUCCUCUGGAAGUAUGGCGCAGAUGCCAUGGCCGGGGGAAAUUGUCUGCUACUUCCCUAAGGGGCACGCUCAGCACAUUGGGGCUGAGUUUCUAGAUGCUGACCAUACUCUAGGGAUGUAUAGUACUUACCGAGUUUCUGAGACUGCUUUACUUGCAGAUCCAGUCACUAAUGAGCCUUUUGGAAAAAUUACACUGGUUGCAUGUAAUGUGGAUCCUUCACAUCUUCAGGGGAAUUCAAACACUCGUAGGUGUCAUUUUGUUGGAAACCCUGUAUCCUUCAAAAUUUUAACGAAGUCUGACGUAAAUAAGAGCUUUGCUGUUUUAAAACAUUGUGUAAACACAAUUUUUCCACCGUUGGAUUCUUUCGAAGAGCAGAUAAUACCUGCUAAUGAUAUACACGGUAAAAGAUGGGACUUUCAACAUAUGUUUAAGGCAUCACAAAGGCAGGAUACUCUAAGGGGAGAAUGGAGAAAAUUCGUAAAGGAAAAAAACCCCAAGAUUGGAGAUUCUAUAGUUUUUAUGAGGGAUGAAACUGAUAGAAAUUAUAGAAUCUUAGUCGGAAUUGUCAAAAAAACCAGCAGCAUUACCCCAGAGGUUUCAAUUGCAGAGAGUAGGGUUCCCUUAGGGUUAGAGGUUACAUAUUACCCACGAGCUGUGGGUCCCCAGUUUUGUGUGGGAGUGUCGGAUGUUUUCCCGGCAUUGAAAUUUUCUUGGCAGGCAGGAAUGCUGUUUAGGAAGGCAUUUGAAAUGGAGGAUGCAGCAGGUAUAAAUUGGUUUCAUGGUACAGUGACCUCAGUUUGCCGUGAGGAUCCUUGGAAUCAUUUGAAGGUGCAAUGGGAUCACUCAGAUCGGAAUGAAAAAUUUGUUAACCCUUGGACUGUGGAAUACAUUCCCCCCAGUCUUUCCCGUCAGCCACCAGGCACACCACAAGGGCCUUUUGGACCACAAGGCCCUUAUAGUCAAAAUUCUGGUUCAGUGGUGGGAUCUGAAUUCUUUCCCAAGCAUCAGAUUUUGCAAGGUGAGACAUCAACAUGCCGAGAAGAACAAAAAAGGCAGGCAGACUGUCAACGCGAAUCCGAUGACAAGCUUGGGCAUGCUGUUUCUGCUCAAAGGUUAGUUUCUUCCCUGGGUGAUGCUGCCAAUGAAGCUGCACAUUGCUUCACAGUAUCUGAAAUUGAAGAUGCUACAAGUAAUUUUGAGAAAAAAGUCGGCUCAGGAGGCUUUGGAGUUGUAUACUAUGGAAAAUUAAAAGAUGGAAAGGAGAUAGUGGUCAAAGUUCUCACCAGUAAUUCCUUCCAGGGGAAGCAGGAAUUUUUGAAUGAGGUGAGUCUUCUUUCAAGGAUUCAUCACAGAAACCUGGUACAAUUUCUUGGGUUUUGUCAAGAAGAAGGAAAAAGUAUCCUUGUUUAUGAGUUCAUGCAUAAUGGAACCCUCAAGGAACAUCUUUAUGGACCCUUAACUCGUGAGCGAAGUAUCAAUUGGAUCAAGCGCCUUGAGAUUGCUGAAGAUGCUGCAAAAGGGAUUGAAUACCUUCAUACAGGCUGUGUUCCAUCCAUCAUCCAUGGAGAUUUAAAGACCAGCAAUAUAGUACUUGACAAAAACUUGAGAGCAAAGGUUUCAGAUUUUGGACUCUCAAAACUUGCAGUAGAUGGAGCCUCCCAUGUGUCAAGCAUAGUUCGAGGCACUGUUGGGUAUCUGGAUCCUGAGUACUAUAUCUCCCAGCAGUUGACCGAGAAGAGUGACGUUUAUGGUUUUGGUGUUAUUCUUCUUGAGCUAAUAUCUGGCCACGAAGCAAUAUCUAAUGAAAGUUUUGGUGUCAACUGCCGCAACAUAGUCCAAUGGGCAAAAUUACACAUUGAGAGUGGGGACAUUCAAGGAAUUGUUGAUCCGUGUCUAUGUUUAGAAUACAACGAUCUAACAAUGUGGAAGAUAGCUAAGAAAGCUUUGAUGUGUGUCCAUCCACACGGUCAUAUGAGGCCAUCAAUUUCAGAAGUUAUCAAAGAGAUCGAAGUUGCAAUCAUAAUUGAAAGAGGAGCAGAGGCGGUGAGAGAAGGUAGCUCAGAUGACAUAUCCAGGCAUUCUAUGCUUUCUUCACAGAACAUUGCAAGUCCUAUGAAUAUAGAUGCAAGUGAGCACCCAACGGCUCGGCAGUUCUUUUAGUCUAGGAUUUACAUGAUUGUUCAGCAUUGUGUAUUCUUUGAUCCAUUUAGCUUAUGGUCUUUGGGUUCAAGUCUCUAGCAAUGUCUCAUUACACACUGUUAAUCAACUUUGGCUCUUCCGUGUAAUUGUGGGCAAAUGAAUGACACAUUUUGCCAAUUGAUUCAUAGCAAUGUUUGAAAUGUUCAGUGGUGCAUUGCUCUCAUUCAAAGCUAGUAUUCCAGUCAUUCACAUUUCUUUCUAUUUAAUCCUCUCCACCUGUUAGUCUAGGCACAUAAUGUGCCCUUUUGGGUGUGUGCUGUUUAUUAGGAAAAAAAAAUGUGGUUAUCGGUUUUUUGUUAUUUGUUACUAAUUGAUGAGGCAAUUUAUGUUUUUGAUGAGCAUUUUAGAAGUGAUAUUCUAUUCUUUUUAAAAUACUGGAAAGAGUUGGCGGGACUCAUUCAUUGAAAUUGUGUAAAUUUAUUAUUAUU